AUGGACUUAUACUCAAUCUUCAAGAACAGUAAUGACGCUUGUAAAGUGUUCGACGAAAUUCCCAAGAGAGAUAUCGUUUCUUAUAACGUCCUCAUCACUUGUUUCCUCCGUUUGUUACGUACACGUGACGUUCUUUAUCACUUUGAUAAUAUGAUUAAGAACGGGUCUGUUAAUAAACCAGACAGUGUCACGUGCUUACUUGCUCUACAAGAUUGUGCGUGCGUACAACUUCAAAUGGAAGAAAGAAGGAUGUUGCAGAUUCUGUUCACUUUGGAUGUUGGGCUUGUGAUUGACACUGUUGUUAUACCUUGUGACCGUGGCAGGACAACAGAUGGGUUUGAAGAGAAAUCUCACUGCUGCUGA